AUGAACGAAAAACUGGAUCUUCUGCAAAUAAUGCAGGAACGAGGGCAUGCACGAGAGUUAGGUCACUUGGAAAACUACUUUGCCCUUUGCCAGCGACAGGAUUUGUACACAAAUUUCAGCAUGUAUUGUGAGCUGACUGAUGCAUGUACUCGCGAGGAACUGGCAUCGGCAAUAAGAGCAGUUUGCCUAGAAAAUCCGAUUUUAUUACACACGGUUAUCCCAAGAAAUGAGAACAAUCACACUCUGGAGUAUUACGCGAGCGAAGAGCAUAUUUCAAAGCCAAUUGUCAAUCACGAAUAUAUGCAACUUUUGGAAAAAGUCGAGUUGUCGGACAUAAUAAUGAACGAGCAGCCUGAGUACGCUUCGGUUGUAGAAGAGAUCCUCGAAAUAUUCGCUGCCGGCCACAACAAGUAUACCAGCGAUAUUUUUGAUAUCGUCUCCACUAUCCGUGUACCUUAUGGGGACUGUGGACGACCAAACUGGAGAAUUUUGGUCUUAUCCGACGGUUCUAAAAAGUCAUUUUCCAAGUUUCUAUUCAUCUCCAACCAUUGUUCAAGCGAUGCGAACUCUGCGGCCAACUUUUUUAAAGACAUUUCCUCGUGGCUCAACAAACCAGGACCCCAUCCAGCUUCUGCAAAUCUCAUUUUUGACUAUGCUGCUGACCACGAAAGAAUAGGUAAACUGCCGAUACCUAUUGAUGAACGUGUAGACUACAAGCCACCUUUGAGCUACCUUGCUCGACUGAUGGGAGUAAACUUUGUUCGCAAAUACCUGGGGUACCGUUCCAAUGGUUGCGUCGUUUCGCGCAUAACUAAGCCCGAUGAAGGUAAUCGUGUACAUUCAUAUUUCCUCAAUUUCACGCCAGACCAGGUAGAGCAAAUCAGAGAUAAAAUCAAGAUGCGGGAUCCUGAUUGCACCAUGAGUCCUUUCUUACAAACAUGCUGGCUUGUGUCGAUGUACAAGUUUGGCAAAGUAUUUUCAGGGUCUAUCUGGGAAUGGUUUAUCGACAUGGUAGUGCCUAUGCACACCUCACAAUUACUGCCUGAGGAUUCUGAAAUCAGGAACAUGUACCGUUACGGGAGCAAUAUUGGUGGGUCUCGCUACAACUAUCUAAUUUCCUCUCUUAACAUUGGCGACGACAAAGAAGCAUUUUGGUCAUUGGUCAAAUACUACAAUGGCGUGUUCCGCCGUGGCAAAUGUAAUAAUGACUACCUUUAUCCAUUGGGAGCUCUGAUGCUCGAUGUCGUGCGACAAAAAUCCAACGUGGACAAACUUGUUGUUGACGAUCUGGUUGGUCUUCCUCGUGAGGGUGUUGUCCUUAGCAACAUAGGUAUUGUGAAACAGGGCCCUGAGAUCGAGAAGUUUAAAGUCCAUGACCUGGUAUUUUCGCAGACGUUGGGAAGUUUGAGACACAGUUUUACUCUGAGCGCGUGUACCACCACUGGAAGCGGCAUGAACCUGGUAAUGUGCGGUGCACAUGGGACCGUAAAGACGAAAGAAGAUUGGGUUAGCCUUUGCGAGUUGUUCAAGCACGAGGUUUUGGCGUAUUAG